GGUGAACUAAUAAUGUAAAUAAAUAAAGUGGCAGAUGUUUAAAUCAAACAAACAAAAACUAUUUAGAACAAUUUCUUUCAAAAAUUCUCAGAGGAAAAAAAUGUCUCAUAUAGUAGGUCAUUUUCCGAAUAAUUUUCCUGAUUAUUCUCCAAAUAAUACACUCAUUUCAGAAAAGUCUCUGUUAAAUAGAAAUACUAGUAUUGUUCUUGGAUUGAACUCAAAAUGGGAAACAACGAGUUUGAGAUUAAAAGAAAUUGAACUAAGUGAUUAUUCUAUUUACACUGGAAGCACAGGAAUUGCACUUCUACGGUUGCUUAAAGAACCAUUUAAUAAGCCAAACUUGAAGGAAGUGAAACGCUUAUGUUCUCUGCCAAAAUUAAAGAAACGAAGACAUACCUUUCUAUGUGGAGAUGCUGGCCCCCUUGCAAUAGGAGCUAUAGCAUGUGAUAGAUUGGGUGAGAUAGAAAAUCGAAAUGAUUGCCUUCGAAGAUUGUUAUCUUUGCAAGAAGAAGCAGUUGAUCCUGAAUCUGAUCUUCCUAAUGAGUACUUAUAUGGAAGAGCUGGCUAUCUCUUUAGCCUCUUGUUUGUUAAUAAAAACAUUGACCCUUCUCCAAUACCUGAAAAUGUAAUUCAAAAGGUAAUUGAAGCUAUGCUAUUCAUUGGCCAAAAGGAGGCAAAAGCUGGAAAAUUUAAAUGCCCUCUUAUGUAUGAGUGGCAUGGAAAAUAUUACUUGGGAGCUGCUCAUGGUGUUGCUGGAAUUCUGUAUUUGCUUUUGCAAGCAAAGCAAUAUCUAACUGAAUCUGAACUCAAUGAUUUAAUAAAACCGACAAUAGAAUUUUUAACGACAACCAGAUUUGCUAAUGGAAAUUAUCCGUCAUCAUGGAAGAGUAAUACGGACAAAGUACAGUGGUGUCAUGGAGCACCAGGUUUUGUCUUUCUUUUUUCUGAAGCAUAUAAAGUAUUUGGUGAAGAAAAAUAUUUAAAAUUGGCUAUUGAAGCAGGUGAAAUAGUUUGGGAAAGAGGACUAUUGCAGAAAGGCUACAGCAUUUGUCAUGGGGUUUCAGGGAAUGGUUACGCUUUCUUAGAAUUAUUUCAAACAACAAAGGAUCCAAAAUAUCUUUACAGGGCUGCAAAGUUUGCUGAAUGGUGCAUGAAUUAUCGCAAAGAAAAUGAGUAUCAUUCCCCUGAUAGACCUUUAUCACUUUUUGAGGGUAUUGCCGGUCCAAUGUACUUUUUAAUUGAUAUACAAGACCCUAUGAAUGCAAAAUUUCCAGGAUUUACCUUAUAAUCAAUUUACUAUGGUGAAAUUGUUUAUUUGAACCGAUAAAAAAGAUGCAAAUAUUUAAUGUUUAAUGAAA